AUGGUUGUUUGUUUUAAAAUAGCUUUAAAGAAACAUUUAAGUGCUAUUUUUGAACAAUAUGGAGAAAUACUAGAAAUAGUAGCACAUGGAAAUAUACGUAUGCGUGGACAAGCUUUUGUUGUUUUUAAAGAGCAGGAAAGUGCAGCAAAUGCUAUAAAAGGAGUUCAAGGGUUUGCUUUACAUGGAAAACCAAUGGUGAUUCAAUAUGCAAAAUCAAAAUCUGAUGCAAUUGCAAAAAUUGAUGGAACCAUUGAAGAUCACAAGCAAAAACGGGUUAAAGAGCCACCAAUGAAAAAAUUCAAGCCAAAUAACACUACAACGUUUCCAACAGGACCUUCAAAUAUUCCAGGAGCACCACUAUUUCACUUUGGACAUCAAUUACCAGCACCUGGAAAUAUUCCUGACGAGUAUCUUCCACCAAAUAAUAUACUCUUUUUACAAAAUUUACCUAACGAUAUAACUGGAGCAGUUCUUACAUCUUUGUUUGAGCAAUAUUCUGGAUUUAAAGAAGUUCGUUCCAUUCAUCCAGCAAAGGGUAUUGCAUUUGUUGAGUAUGAUACUGAGCCACAAGCAAUGGUUGCCAAGGAGGCUUUAUCUAAUCAUCAAAUGGGACCAGAUCAUAAAUUAAAGAUAACAUAUGCAAAAAAAUAA